AUGUGUGGUUGUUCCAAGAAUCCGUCGCACUACAAGUGGUGCUACCACUGCAAGGCCUGGCUCCCCAAGAUCGGCUAUGGAACACCCCCUCCUCUCGGCGGCAGCUGGGCGAAGGGCGACACCAAUGGAGUCAAGGACAAGGGUGGUGGCAAAGGCAAAGGCAUAAAGCUCCUCAACCAGUUGGUCCGGGGAGCAGACACCAAGUUCAAGGACGUUAUCCCAGAGAAUGCUGAAGAAGUUCUGUCAAGUGUGCUAGACAACGCCAGGGCCACUCGCGAAGCCCAGGUUCCUGCCAGCAAGACCCUCAUGUCCACGGAAGCAGAGAUCAAGAAGAGGGAGUCCAAGAUCCGCAAGUACGAGCUCCGCCAGGACAAGAUCCUGGAACAGAUCGAGGCGUGGACAGAGGUCAUCGGCCAGCUCGACAACGACCUGCGGCAACACCUCGGCCAGCUCUACCAGGCCGCGCUGGUCGGCAUCAGCCCGUGCUCCGCCGACGUCUACACGGCUGCCACCAACAUGGCCUCCACGUUGCUGGCCCCCUCGGACAGCACCGAGGAGCGGAGGACGAUGAAGAUAUGGAUGGAGAUCCAGGAGAUUUGGAAGCUGCUGACCAGGGCCUACAUGGGGCCCUCGCUCAAGAAGGAUCUGGUCAUGUUCAGAAAGCUAUCUCGUUCCUUCGAGGCUCUGAAUAUCGCCCUGAAGAUGUCGUCGGAGUGGGAAGUAUUUAGUCCAGAGUUGAUCCAGGACGCCCUGGAAGCUGGCCCCGACCACCCACUCUUUGCUCACUUCCUCCAACCUGCCCCCUCCAUCCCAGAGGUGGCCCAGGUCCAGCGCGCGCAGCAGCGCGGGGCCGAGGCAGCCGACCGCUGCUCGCGAGGCGCGCCCCCGCGCGGCGGCGGCCGCGGCGCGGGCGCGGCUGCGCCGCCCCCGUUCCAGCCUGCGCCGCGCGCGGCGGCGGUGGCCAUGGCGGAGGAGUCGCACUCCGAGGCGGAGACGGAGGCGUGCACAGAGGAGCUCGACGAGGGCAACGCCGAGUCGCAGGAGGUCUUGUUCGAGCCCUGUCGCGACUAUGUGAUGGCACACCCGCGGGGUCACGUAGAUUAUUGCCACAUCGACGCCGAGGUGGUCUCCACAGCUGGCUCUUGCCGCACAGCACGCCUCCACGUCGGUAAGGACGGCCUCGUCAUCGAGGAGGAGGGCAAGCACCGUGGCAAAGACCGCGUCAAGCACCACAUGCUCAUGCUGCCGUCGGUCCAGAUCUGGAUCAGCGAAGAGCCUGGGCGGGGCACGGUCCAGACUCCGCGGGUAUCACUGCGCAUCGCUGGCUCGUGGCCAACCCUCGGGGUGAAUCUGCUGCUCCCCAGGACCACGGCACAGUCCCUUCAGGGUACGCUCCUGGGGCUGGUGAGAGCGGUGACUGCGGGCCUGCACCUGGAGGUGCACCCUGCGCUGCCAGAGGGGCUGCCAGGUCGUGUCUCGUGUCGGGAUGCUCCCGAUGCCCAGGCCCGUGGGCCAUUGCUCCGGGCGGGCUACGUGUUGUACUCCAGCUUUGCCGACGUCGCCCAGAUGCAUGGAAGGCAGCCGGGCCCGAAGAGUGCGCACGCGGAUGCUGCGGAAGCCACCUCGGAGGUGCCGAGCUACAGCCUCUGCUACGCGGAGCUCUGCGGUCCGACCAGGGUGGGAGACGCCCGCGCCUACCUGUUCAGCAGCCACGUCGACGGGGAGGCCGCUCGGCUGGUCACGAUCAUCUGGCCGUAUGCCGAGGACAGCAAUUUCGAGCUGAUCCGCGAGACAGAGAACACCGUCUUGCGCAUCAGCAGCGAAGAGCAGGCGUACGUCGAGCCAGGCGCCCGGGACUCUCUGAGGCGAUCCCGGGCGGAGUCGUCCAGGCUGUCCGCUUCCGCCAGCGCGGAUGUUGCACCUUGGGAGGCACCAUUGGUGGAUUGCUUGACCUUCCAGUCUAGCCUCGAGGCGCGCGCGUGGAUGGAUCUCGCAGCCUCGGUGUACGCAGAGGGCGAGGCUGCGAGGAGGCUGCGCGGCAGGGUGGCCAGACAUGCCGCUGCCACGGAGGCGAGCAUCAGGUCUGAGCUCGGUCGGCCAAUACGUCUCUCAUGGUCAAGUGCGAGCACGUCGCACAGUUCGCCGAGGGCCCGGCUCCCAUGGACCCGCAGGCGGUGCAGGCGCGAGAGCACCUCCAGAAGGAGGGCGACGAAGUGGCGCGGCUGCUGA